AUGGUUGAACUCGUAGAGUUUUCUAAAGACGGAACCCUCUAUUCCAACUUAGAGGAGAAUUGGCCAAACGUUUAUGCCAAUGAUAACGGUGAUUCGGAACUUUGGGCACAUGAAUGGAACGAUCAUGGGGUGUGCUCUGAUCUCCAAUAUGAUCCUGCUGGUUAUUUCAAAGCUGCUUUAGAUCUCUUCAGUGACCGAAACUUUAGUAAUUUACAGCAAGUGCCUCAAAUUGCAUGUAACAGCGAGACUCAGCUAUGGGAGAUCCGUUUCUGUUAUGAAAGGGUUGAUGGGAAUGUGCCUGGUGCCCUUCGACAAUGCCCCAAUACAUUGAAUGAUGAUUAUGAAUGUGCUUUAAACGGAAUUCGUCUCCCUCCAGAUCCAAGUAUUGGACGAGAUGCAUCAUGA